GGUAUAACUGGACCUCACUAAAGCCGGUUAUAACGGUUAGCCGCAUCCUGUAUGCAACUGGCCGUAGACUUAAAAUUACAUCAGAUUACACAUAAUAAAUUGAAAAUUGUACUUCUGUCAAUCAGGACAAGUAACAGACAACUAAAAGUUGGUAGACUCGAUAUUUUAAUUAAGAUUUUAAGGUACUAAGAGAAUUUUUUAAAUCACAAUAUAAUUUAAAAAAUGCCGACAAUUGGAGUAAAACGUGAUUUAUUGUUCAAAGCAUUAGGGAAGACAUAUUCGGAUGAAGAAUUCCAAGAAUUGUGUUUUCAAUUUGGUUUAGAAUUAGAUGAAGUAACAACAGAAAAACAAAUGAUAGCAAGAGAACAAGGUUAUGAGAAAGAUAUAGAUGCAUCAGAAGAGGUUAUUUACAAAAUUGAUAUACCUGCUAACAGAUAUGAUCUUUUAUGUUUGGAAAGUUUAAGUAUUGGAUUACUUAUAUUUUUAAACAAGAUAUCCAUACCUUGUUACAAGGCAAUAAAACCAAAGACAGAAUUGGAAAAGAUAGUAAUGAGUUCUGAGUGCUUAAAAGUAAGGGGUCAUAUUGUUGCUGCAAUAUUACGUGAUAUUACUCUAACACAAGAUUCUUAUAAUAACUUCAUUGAUCUCCAAGAUAAGCUUCAUCAAAAUAUAGGAAGAAAGCGUAGUUUAGUCUCUAUUGGUACUCAUGAUUUAGAUACGAUUAAAGGCCCAUUUUUAUAUGAUGCUAAACCACCAUCAGAAAUAUAUUUCAAACCACUGAAUCAAGAAAAAGAAUAUACUGGAGAAGAAAUCAUGGAAUUGUAUGCAACACAUGCCCAACUCAAACAUUAUUUACCUAUUAUAAAAGAUAGUCCUGUUUAUCCAGUGAUAUAUGACAAUAAUGGAAUUGUUUUAUCUCUUCCUCCUAUUAUCAAUGGGAAUCAUUCAAAGAUCACACUUAAUACAAAGAACAUCUUUAUUGAAUGCACUGCCACUGAUCUCACAAAAGCAAAAAUAGUGCUGGACACUGUAGUCUGUGCUUUUAGUCAGUAUUGCAGUACAAAAUAUACAGCUGAAAUUGUGGAAGUAGUGUAUCCCAAUAAACAAACUUUCUAUUAUCCAGACUUGAAAUACCGCACAGAAGAAAUCGAUUGUAAAAAAGCAAGAAAUUAUAUUGGUAUUAACGAGACGCCAGAACAAAUUGCAACAUUAUUAUCAAAGAUGUCUCUAAAAUCUACUGUAAAAGAUCAUUGUAAAUUGGACGUGGAGAUACCACCUACGAGACAUGAUGUGAUACAUCAUUGUGAUAUUUACGAAGACAUCGCCAUCGCUUAUGGAUAUAAUGAGAUCGAGAAAACUGUACCGCACAUGUCGACAAUUGCUGCAGAGUUGCCGCUCAAUAAACUUACUGACCAAAUGCGUAUAGAGUUAGCACAGGCUGGAUUCACAGAGGCGCUGACUUUCUCUUUGUGUUCGCGUGAAGAUUUAGCUGAUAAAUUGGGUCAUAAGAUAGAAGAUAUACCAGCAGUACAUAUAUCCAAUCCAAAAACGUUGGAAUUCCAGGUUGCGCGCACUACCCUUUUACCGGGAUUACUCAAAACGAUAUGUUCAAAUAAGAAAAUGCCUCUGCCUCAUAAAAUAUUUGAGGUUUCCGAUGUGGUAUUGCGAGAUGAUACAAUGGAUGUCGGUGCACGUAAUAAUCGUCGUUUAUGCGCAGUGUAUGCUAACAAAUCAGCUGGUUUUGAAAUUAUUCACGGAUUAAUCGACAGAAUGAUGACAGUAUUAGAAGUACCAUGGAGCACUAAUAAAGAUGAAAAUGGAUAUUAUUUGCGUGCAGCUAACGAUCCAGCAUAUUUUCCUCAACGAUGUGCAGAAAUUGUCUGCUAUGGCGAAAUAAUAGGAAAACUGGGUGUUUUACAUCCUGAUGUGCUUUCAAAGUUUGAACUAAAUAUUCCGUGUUCCUCGAUGGAAAUAGAUAUUGAGCAAUUUUUAUAGCAAAGAUAAAAAUAAUAUUUUCCAAAUAACCGUUAUAUAUUCUUUGGGAUUAAAAUCAGAAUUAUUUUAUGUUU